CACUCGCACGAGUCCUCGGAAACCUCGAGAAAAGCCAAUACCGAGUAGACUUCCCGCUCUUGGAGCUGAUCCAGAGUCGAACCGCUUUGGGCAACGGGGACGUUCCACGAUUCGAACCACGUGAACGGGAUCACGCGGAAACCGUUCAAUUUCGAUGACACAGGCAAUCCGCUCGCGUUUACGAACGGCACAGUGAACCGAUUGUAGUGUCAUCUCCGAGAACGAGGCAGUGUUUCGGCAGUGAACUUCUGAUUAAUGAGUCGAGUGACAAGUGUGACCCCGUGUUCCCGUGCAGACAUGUUGACGGAAGGUUAAGAACCCCUGACCAAGUCGACGAUCGCGAGAGAGAGUUAAUCGCGCGAAACACGCACAGGACUAUUUACACGAACGAACGAUGAGCGUAGCACUUGUGACGAUGGAUUCUGCGUACGGUCUUCGACUGGGGAUUGGCAGCCACCAUCACCACCACCAUCAUCAUCAUCACCGGGUGCGUUCUCCGGAGAGUCACGUGGUGCCUCGUCAAGAACAGCCGCAGGAUCGUAAGGAGGACAUAGAGACACCCUUGAGAUUCAGCGUGGUGAACAUUUUGAGGCCAGACUUUGGACGCGAAGCGAUUCUCAGUACCAAGACUCCGAAGCAGGCGAACUUGACUGGACACUCUACCACCAUUCCGGUACCGAUCCCGCGACACAGCCCUCUGUCCCUUCCGCGGGAUUUGAGUCUCUCCUCGAACAGACUGUCUCCCACGAGACCGCAACCGAACGGUUUUUCCGUGCACAGAGAGAGGGACCUGUUUUCCACUCAUUGCGGAUUGACGUCGCCCCUUCAGAGGAACAGUGGACUCAGCAGAAGCGGAAGUCUCGAGAGUCUGGCGAGUAAUAGGAGCUCCGUAACCGGAAGCUCGGUGACAGGAGCGCCUUCUAUGGGCUCCUCGUCCUCCACCAUCGGCAGCGAGUCCUUGAGCGGAGACAGCAACUCCGGAAGUGUUAGCAAUUCCGUCACGAAUCAGGCUGGAAUCAACGGACAGAGUCCUUGGCCGGCGUGGGUCUAUUGCACCAGAUACUCGGACAGACCGUCUUCCGGUCCGCGGACGAGGAGAGUGAAACGCACGGCGAACGGAAGCAAGAACGGCACGCCGGAAGAGAAGCGACCUCGAACCGCGUUCAGCGCCGAGCAAUUGGCAAGACUGAAGAGGGAAUUCGCGGAGAAUCGAUAUCUGACCGAGAGAAGGAGACAACAGCUGUCUAGAGACUUGGGUCUCAACGAGGCGCAAAUCAAGAUCUGGUUCCAGAACAAACGGGCGAAAAUCAAGAAAGCUAGCGGACAGAAAAACCCCCUGGCUCUUCAGCUCAUGGCCGAGGGCUUGUACAAUCAUUCGACGGUCCCGGUCGACGAGGACGGAGAGGAAGUCGGUACCGGAAACAAUCAUCCUCACUGAGAGUUUAACGUUUAGCUUGCUAAUACUGGCAAGACGCAGACUUUUAUUACCUUUGAUUUUGGGAAAAUUUAGGGUAAGUUAGGGAACUUUAUCCUUGGAUCAUGAUCUUAAAUAAGAGGUCUAGAUGGUCUUUGUGGUCUCGAAGCGAAUAUAAACGCUGUACGGCAAUAUUCAUCCCUCGCGAACGCUGUGGGAUUACCAAAUUUCUACCUAAACGAAUCCCAACCCUUAAAUCCAGAAAUAAAAAAUUUUCAAACAUCUGUUGAUAAUAUCGAAUGAUGAUGAAAACAUCCAAUGAUUGCUACCCUAAAUUAACCUAAUCUAAAGGAGAGCUCUGACUGUACAUAAAUCGCAGACUGAUCCUUUCUAUAUUUAUCAACUACCUAUGUAUAUGAGCGUAGAGAAUAGUAAGCGAACUGGAUCCGAUGUUUAUCGGCCGGUUAAAUUAAUUUAUUUCCUGUGUACAUAGUUGUAAAUACGACUGGUCGUAAAUGUGUAUAUGUAUGAUACGAGAUAAAGUAUAAUUGCCGCGCGAAGAUUCUAUUAUUUGUGUAGGUUGCGCACGGUCGCGUGUGAAUACGAAACGAUCUCACACUGUAUAUUCCUAAUUAUUGUACGAGUAUAUACAAUACGGAGUAUGUAUAUACAUACAUGUAUAUUAUGUAGACAGAGUUGGACAGCAUGCGUAUA